GCCUGUCAUUACACAAUAUUAUUGACGAUCAGAAAUUGGAUGAACUUUGCUUUAACACUCAAAUUGCAUUUGAAUCCCUAUUUAUAGUUCUGUGUAAAUGGUGACAGAAAGUUGUAAGUAGUUUAGGGCAGUUUUUCGAAGGUUCCACACACGAAUCACAGUAUGGCACUGCGCAGUUCGUUGAAUGAAAUUCAAAAUUAAAAUACGUGGAAAAAAUGAAACGGUUUCGAAAUUUGUAGAAAAAAGUGAUCUAAUUAUGAACUAAGCGAGGAAGUACCCAUCCGCAGACGUAAACAUAGACUGAUGUUUGCAUAUUUCAUGUGUAAAUAUAUAUAAAACGUUUCUAACAAACUCGAGGCACGUCGAAAUCUGCGGUCGCUCGUGAUAUCCGCCCAGUGCCCUGUCGGUCCCCGGUAAAAGUCCCAGAGAUCCGGACAGCCCAGUUCCAGCCCCCGUUCCCGAUCCCUAGCCCAGCCAUGUCCAUCGCCGACAAACGCGCCUCCUUCGCGCGCCGAGCCGAAAGUCUCGUGGAGCGGGUGAGAGUUAUGAAUACCAUUUACGAGAAAUACAACAUUAGCACGGAGAAGUGCGGGGAUCUGACCGUCAUAGUGCAGGGCGACCUGUCGCAGCAGGAGAAGCGGGCCGUGUUCAUCACGGUGCACGACCUGGGCUGCAACCACAACUCCUUCCAGGAGUUCGUGAGCAGCCCCUGCAUGACGGAGAUCAAGGAGCGCUCCUGCUUCAUCCACGUCGACGUUCCGGGACACGCGGACCACGCUGAGGCCCUGGCCGACAACUUCCCCUUCCCCUCGCUGCAGGCCCUGGGCGAGGACCUGGUCACCGUGCUGGACUACCUGCACGUCAAGUACGUGAUUGGCCUGGGCGAGGGCGCCGGAGCCAACGUCCUGGCCCGCUUCGGCCUGGCCCAUCCCAGCCGAGCCCUGGGCCUCAUCCUGAUCAACGCCACGGGCAGCGCGGCCAGCGUGGUGCAGUCCUUUAAGAACAAGUUUAUAAGCUGGAAGAGCGACGAGGUGGCCCAGUCGGCGGAGAGCUUCCUGAUGUACCACAAGUUCGGACAUCAAAUCAUGGGCGAGAAUCCGGACAAGGAGAAGAUUGUGACCGAGUACCAGAAGCGUCUGCACCGAUCCCUAAACAGCAAGAACAUCGGCCUCUACGUCAAAGCAUUUAUGAAUCGCAAGGACCUCAUGCUCAAAGGUUGCAAGGUGGAUGUCAUUUUGAUUACGGGCAUGCUCAGUCCCUAUGCCUCGAUGGUGGAGAAGCUGCAUCGCGACGUGGAGAAAGAAAGGGUCACCAUUCUGAAGAUCGAGAGGGCUGGCGAUGUUCUCGCCGAUGCUCCCGGCAAGGUGGCCCAGUCCAUACUGCUGUUCUGCAAGGGACAGGGUCUGCUUACGUCGGUGGUGAUGCCAGGAGUGGACCGCGGACGCGCCUUCUCCACCGCCAGCUCCGGGUCCUUCGAGGGCGCCAACGGAUCGCGGCGCCUGUCGCGUGGCAUCUCGAUGGAGGACUACGACAAGCCCAACAUCCGCCGGCUCAGCAUCAUGAAUACUAAGCACGUCUUCAACUUCAAGAGCGUCUACAUGGACGCCCCCCCGCCCACGAAGCCUCCACGGGGAGUCAAGUACGGCAAGGAUGAGUCUGCAGGGUGUGGCUUCCUGGUCAACGUCAUCAAGUCGCUGGGGUUCAGCGAGACCACCGAGGAGCGCCAGAAGGAGAAGCAGAAGAUCGAGCAGGAGUUCAAGCGCUCGGAUCUGCGGCUGAACGAUCUGGUGUCGCGCCACGACCAGCAACUCACCCAGGUGCUGCCCCUGUUCAGCCAGGUGUCCUCAGAGGUGACGGCCAGCCGUGAGCGGAUCCAUGCCGUCAAGGAGAACCUCGGAGUCUGCAAGCGACUGCUCCAGUGCAGGCGUGAUGAGCUCAGGAAGAUGUGGAUGGAUGCAGUGCAGCACAAGUACGUGCUGGAGAUGCUGGAGCAAAUCCAGGAGCUGCGCAAAGUGCCUCAGCGCGUUGUGGGUUACACCGCCAAGCGCCAGUACCUGCAUGCCAGCAAAGCCUUGACCGAUGCACUGGCCACCCUAAAUGGACCCUUGCAGGCCGUCGAGGGUUUGUCUGAUCUGCGAACCGACCUGCAGACCCGUCGCCAGCAGCUAUAUCAACGACUGCACGAGGAACUGGUCACCCAGGUGUACACCAACUCUGCCAACGAAGCCCUCUCCUCCUUUCAGCGCACCAACUCUAGUCGUUUGAAUUCCAGUUUCACUAGAGGAAUAGGUGCCCGCCGCUCUACGGAUCGCAUUGAGGCCAAUGCUCGAGUGCGCAAAGCACUGGCCGAAAUGGCCCAGAGCUUUGACUUGGACAAGGCCGAGGUUAUUGAAGACGCAGAUCUCAUUUACCCGGAGCUGAGCAUGAGCUACUUCGUUGCCAUCAUUGUGGAGUCGUUUGGAAUGCUGCACAAGGUGCCCGACUCCCUGGAGACGCUGCGCGUCCAAAUCCAAACGGAGUUGCUCAAUGUGGUGCGGCACACGACGCAUCAACUCUCUUUGAGUGGUGCAACGGCUGAGGCCAAUCCCCUCCUUACACUACUAGAGAUCAUAUUUAAGCAGUUCAAGGCCAUCGCCAAGACGCAUACCUUACUGCUGAAGAACUAUUUGUCGGUGGGCCAGAAGUACUCGGUUGUUGGACCCCAGCCCUACGAUCUGACGGACUUUUGGGCCCAGGCCCAGUCAGUGCUGCAACUGCUGCUCACCGAUUAUUUGGAUAUACAAAAUGCUGCCUCGGAUGAAAGUGCCCAGACGGGUUUUGCAGAGCCCACCAGCAACAUAAAUUCCUAUUUCCUUAGGCGCAAGAUGCCAAGCACUAAGCGCUCAAUGUUCAAGUUCGACAAGUCCUCGCAUGUUGGCAGCAGCAGCAAUAGCGACUCCUUCAAGGAGCAUCGUCGCAAUGCCUCUGAUGCCUCCGUGGAUGAUAAUCUGGGUGGCCAGCUCGGUGGCAGUGGCAAGGGCUCCAACAGCGGCAUCUUCCCUCACGAGAAGAAGCAGCGUGAGAAGAUACUGAUCUGUACGCCCGAUCAAAAUAUCAUAACCAAAGUCUAUCUACCUCUCAUGGGAUAUAUCAAGGAGAUAGAAAACUUUAUGAAGUGCAAGCCAGGGCAACCCUGUAGUCUACAUGACUUUUUAGACAACUAUAUUAGGGAUACAUUCCUAUCCAAGGGCCACAACCGCAACCUGCAGCUGACCAUCGAGUCGCUGUCGAAGAAUCAAGAUGCGUGGCGCACGAUUAUUAGUCCCGAAGAAAUAAAAGCUCUCAAUCUGAGCAGGCCUUUGCUGCAGUCUACUGUGAUGGUCGAGCGCAGACUGAUGGAGACCAAGAACCUUAUUCAAGACCUGCCCUGCUACUCUGAAGACCUUCUUAAGAUGGUGUGCGCUCUGCUGAAGGCCUAUCGAGAGAUCUGCCAGGCGGCCUACCGUGGAAUAGUGCAGCCAGAUUCAGAGGACAAAAGGAUUUACAGUGUAGCCUGGCUAAAGGAUGAAGAUAUAAGCAGAUUUUUAAAAACGCUACCUAACUGGACGGACCUAAAGACCUCCAGCCAGAAGUCGCGUCAUAACCGAAAGCUUCAUCGUGGAAGCUUCGAGCCAUCGGAGGAGGAGAGUCCAAUGCAGGUGCAACAGCGCAACAUUCGCGAGGCUGAGAUGCUGACCAGUAACUUGGGCGAGGGCGGUAUCACCCAGCAGGAGAUUCUGGUGGAAAUCAGUGUGCUUAAGGAACUGGCCAUACUGCAGGAGAGCAUGGAGUGGUUCUCGUGCCGCGUCUCUGAGUUUGCCAACGAUUUGCGCCGACCUUUGGUAAACGGACUGAACGCGGUAUCCGCUGAGUGCAGCGCCGACAUCGCAGUAAAGGAUGGCACGAUCAAGGUGAUGACCAACCUGGCUUUGGAGUUCGAUGAGCUGGCGAACACCUGCCUUCUGGUGCUGCAUCUAGAGGUCCGUGUACAAUGCUUCCACUACCUACGCUCGAAGUCGAGUGUCAGGACCAACAGCUAUGUGGGCUCCAAGGAUGACAUCCUGGAACCCGAUCGUCAGGUGCAGGUGCUGACUAAGCGGUUGUCAGAGAUGGAUGAAGCGUUUAGUGCUACUCUACAUCCGAGAAAGACCAGAUAUAUUUUUGAGGGACUCGCGCACUUGGCGUCACGCAUCCUUAUACAGGCCUCCAACUAUCUCGAGCACAUCGAUCAAAUAACUGUCCAACGCAUGUGCAGGAACUCGAUCGCCCUGCAGCAGACACUGAGUAACAUUACUGCAUCCAGGGAAGUGGCUUUGGAUCAGGCCAAACACUUCUACGAAUUGCUUUGCAUGGAGCCGGAUGAAAUACUCAAUGCUUUGCUGGAACGUGGCACUCAGUUUUCAGAGAUGCAGUUGCUCAAUGCCCUGCAACUGUCGUGCAAGUCCUUUGGCAUAACAGACGCCAAUCUCCUGGCUUCCUAUCAGCAAAAGCUAUCGGACAUACUGGGGGCCAAGCCCUCCAAAGGCGUUGUUGUGUAGAUAGCGCUGCGCCCGGCGAACCAUUCAAUAUCCAUGCGUUUGUGUACAUCGGCAUUAGGUGUAAGUGCAAAAUGUGUGUUAGUGUUAAGCUCAAAAUGAUUAUUAAUGUUCUGAACAUGUUUGGCGAGCACUUGGUGUUGCGGUGCAGUCGGUUAUACAGAUAAAUACAUAUUCUAAAGUUCAUUAAUAUUGCUUUAAUGGCUUCUACACAAUAAAUGAGGAUUUAACAACGA